UAUAUAUAUAUAUAUACUUUUUUCUAUUGCAGGUACGCGGUACAGUCGGUGAAUAUAUAGUGUAAUAUUGUUACACUAUGAAAUAGUGUAGGGGUUUAUUAGUAAUUUGUAAGGAGUGUGAAUCACUAUGAAUAUGUAAUUGUGUAGCUAUUAUGAGAUAUGGAAUGAGUAAAUAGAACUUUGGUUCAAUUGGAGUUUGGCACUGACUCGAAGAGUGCAAUUUCGGAGAUUUGUCCUGUCUCGAAUAGGACUGUUAUCUAACAAUUGGUGCUCUCAUGGAGAGAAUCUCAGCUAGAGAUUUCAGAGCUCCGCAAUAUGAUUGACGAAGAGCUUCGUGAGUUCGUAAGAUCAAUGAUUAGAUCCGUGGAGUUGCGUACGGAUGCCAUGUUUGAGAGCCACGGCUUGUCGACUGCGACACUGUUGGAUUCCUCAGCUCAGGCACCACCUAUUUCACCGGAGGUCAAAACUAUCAUUGAUAGUUCCGAGGAACCAGUGAGCAUCAUUAAGCCAAUGGAGAAACCUCUCAUCCUCGUCGGCAGCAACGCUUCUACUGGAGCAGAUACAUGUAGAUCGCACUUGACUUAGGCUCGAUCUAAGUUGAUGCCAGCAGCAAGCAGAGCACCAAAGUCGGAGAAGAUGCCCAUGAUUUCAUUGGAUGUUAAGGAUUUUGGAUCUUCGACAACGAAUGGAGCUCGAAGAACACUGAAAGCGGAGGAGAUCGGCCUGGCUUCAUCGGAUGUUGUGGAUUCUCGAUCUGCAUCAACGAAGGCAGCUCGAAGAACUCCAACGUCGGAGAAGACAGAGAUGGCAUUGGAUCUUUGAGCACAAGAUCGGAGGAUUUUCGAUCAUGGACGACAGUGGAUAUGUGAUCGGCGACGACUGUGGAUCUUUGACAGCGAGGGACGACACAAAGUGGUCACUGGAGGACGGAAGCUUGGUCGCGUCGGAUUGCAGAACAUCGGAGCAGAAACGACGACCAUCGUCUUAUCCUUACUGGUUUGCUAAAAGAUAUAUGUAUAUAUACAACUUCAGUUGUUGUUCAAGGAAAAUAUAUAUAUGUACAUAUAUAAUGUUACAAAAUAGUAUGAGAAUGAACAGUAAGAAAGGAUGAGAGAGAUCACGAUGGUUGGGUAAUUGCUAAAAAAAAAAAAAAAAUUGAAGAAGCUGGCAGCUUGGAUCGAGAAGAGGAAGAACGUUGAUUGUCCUAGGUAUUUUGGGCUUGGGCUUUGUUGAAAAGUCUACUACACCAAGAUAAUAAUGAUUGGGCUGCAAUUAGUUUUUUUAGUUUCUUAUAUUUGUACUUGUUUUUAGUUUAUUUUUUCAUUUUUACCACCUUGGGGACAAGGUGAUUUUGAAGGGUGGGAAAGUGUUACACUAUGAAAUAGUGUAGGGCCUUAUUAGUGUGAAUCACUAUAAAUAUAUAAUUGUGUAGCUAUUAUGAGAUAUGGAAUGGGUAAAUAGAACUCUGGUUCAAUUGGAGUUUGGCACUAACUCGAAGAGUGCAAUUUCGGAGAUUUGUCUUGUCUCGAAGAGAACUAUUAUCUAACAAAUAUUCACAUGUGCCAGUUACUUUUAUUGGCAGAAAUAAAGGAUUCAACUAAAAGUAGGUAAAAAGAAUGCUAUGCUACUAACCCAAUUGAGCAUUAGAAACAUGUGACUUAAAUGCUAUUUUUAACAGUUUUUGAGGUGAAAAUUCUGUACAUUAUUUUUCCCAUUUGAGUGUUUUGAGAUGGAAGUAGAAAGCCAAAAUGGGGAGGAAAAAUAUGCUGCUGAUAUUUUCUCAAUCAAGGAAGCACAAGCUCGUAUCAGUUCAUUCAUACACAAAACUCCUGUUUUUUCCUCUGAAUCUUUAGAUGCUCUUUCAGGAAGGAGGCUUUACUUCAAAUGUGAACUUUAUCAAAAGGGUGGAGCUUUUAAGUUCAGAGGUGCCUGCAAUGCUGUGUUUUCACUCAGUGAUGAUCAGGCUGCUAAAGGGGUCAUCACCCACAGCAGUGGUAAUCAUGCUGCAGCAUUAGCUUUGGCUGCAAAACUGCGAGGAAUUCCUGCAUAUAUAAUUAUACCGAAGAAUGCUCCAAAAUGUAAAGUUGAGAAUGUAGCGCGGUACGGUGGUCAGAUUAUCAGGUGUGAGCCCAAUAUGCAGUCUAGGGAGAGCACAGCAGCCAAGGUGUUGGAAGAAACUGGCGCAGUUCUUCUACAUUCUUACAAUGAUGGGCGUACCAUAAGUGGACAGGGAACCAUAUCAUUGGAGCUUUUGGAGCAAGCUCCACAAAUUGACACUAUUAUAGCUCCCAUAAGCGGUGGUGGUUUAAUAUCAGGAGUGGCUUUGGCUGCCAAGUUUAUCAACCCAGCCAUUCGAAUAUUAGCUGCUGAACCCAAAGGAGCUAAUGACGCUGCUCAGUCCAAAGCUGCUGGUAAGAUAAUAACAUUACCGGAGACCAACACUGUUGCUGAUGGGCUUCGAGCUUUCCUUGGAGACCUUACUUGGCCCAUUGUGCGGGAUUUUGUUGAUGAUGUGAUAACUGUGGAAGAUAAUGAGAUAAUAGAAGCUAUGAAAUUGUGUUAUGAGAUUCUGAAAGUUGCUGUUGAACCUAGUGGAGCAAUUGGUCUAGCUGCUGUUCUAUCCAAUGGUUUCAAGAAAAACCAAGCAUUCAAGGAUUGUCGCCACAUAGGAAUUAUACUUUCCGGAGGUAAUGUCGAUCUAGGCACCCUAUGGGAGUCAUUCGAAAGAAGAUGAUUAAUCUGUUUGGUUUUUCUUGAAGAAUUGGUAUUUAAAUUCAUCUCUUUUUAAACUAGUGGCCCUAACCAAAGAGUUCUAGGGAUGAGUGGAAAUAAUUUCAUUUGAACAAAGUGGCAAGAUACUUGUUCAUGCUUUGUUGCUCUAUUUCUUCUUCUAAGUUAUUUGUUUGUGUCAUUUACUUGUAACUUUGUGUUAUUUGUAAAUCACAUCACAUCAUAUCUUAUCUUAUGUUUAUUUUUGGCUCUA